AUGAAUAGUAUAGAUUCAACUUCAUUUCGUGUACCAGUAUAUAAACGUAUUGAUGAUCCUUGGAUUGGAUUACUAGUCUUAGCCAUUUUUAUAUUCAUUUUAUCGAUUAUUUCUAUCGUUGUUCUAUGUGUUCUAUGGCGUCGUUAUCAACAACAUACACAAAUUUAUAAUGAAAAUUAUGUUCUCAGUAAUAAACCAACUGGUAAAAGACAAAUACCAGUACAAGUUGAAGAUCAACAACCGAAACCUUAUGAAACACAAAAGAUGGAAGUAUUUGUUCCACAAAAUGAUGAAGAACGAAUUCAUUCACGUUUUACACCGCAUGAUGGUACUCAACAAGUUCAUCAGUUUUAUGAAAGAGCAACAAAAGCUUACUUUUAA